AUGGCCUUGACCGUGAUGAAGCAUUUCAGCACUUGGGACAAACACGCUGCUGACUUUGGCUUCAAAGCACCGAGAUUUGAGAAACUCAUCAUGCGAGUUGUCAUGACCAUUGAGCCGCUACUCUCGGAACAGCUGAUCGUUUGCCCGACGAUGACCUCCUUGACUGCGGCAGGCAGGCUGUUUUCGAACUUCCCAUAUGCCCUAUACGCUUUUGACGUGAAGUUCCAACCUUCCUUGCGGCCAACGGGACGAUUCGCGGAAAAAAAGCACUAUUUCAGUGGUAAGCACCACCUGUAUGGUUACAGGAUCGAGGCGGUGGUAUCACCGGAUGGGCGCUGUGUUGCAAUGAUCGACGCACAUCCUGGGUCUGUGCAUGAUCUUACCAUCCUGCAUACACGCUGUGAGCUGCACACGACCAACUUGACCAAGUCUGCCUGCGAAGCUACUUUGCCUGACAAUGGUGAACUGUCAGCUGAGUACUUGGUGACAUGGGCUUUCCUCGUGGACAUGGAGUACAUUGGUGUUCACCAUACGCUGCAUGGAAUCCAUCCGAAUCGCCGCCCGCAGAAUGGAGCCUUGGACGCCGCUGACGUGGAGCGCAACCGCCAGGUGUCGUCCGUCCUUGUGGUAGUGGAGAACUUCAUUGGCCGCGUGUGCUCCUUCUGGAAGGUGUCCCACGCCACUUUCACAUGGGGUGAGAAGAUCGAUGGAGUCUUUCAACGCACGACAUUUGCGUUGACUAACUUUCACCUCUCGUUGAUGCCCGCGCGCGCUAAAGACGAAGACUACUAUGCAUUGGUCAUGGCGCGCUACCAAGGAAUGUCGAACGAACGCAAGCGAAAGUGUGCCGAGUCUCAGCGCCGCUAUCGCAUGAAUCGCCAGAAUCGUAUUGCCAUUGACCGAUCUGUUCGCUACAUGCAUAGUUCGGUCAUUUAG